UGUACGUUAAUUUUGGUGUUCUCUCAUCAGUCGUCACUCCCACUCCCCCAGGGUUUAACCUUCGCCCCUCCGCCAUGGCCGUGCUCAGACCCACAGCCCUGAGGCAACAGUCACUAUAAACCCCUCUGAACUUUGGUUUAGCCCAAACUUCUCAAAACGGCUCCUUCUAUAAGCCACUCCUGGAGCAAGCUGGGCAGAGUUGCAGAGAUGAUCACUUUGGGGGCCUCCACUUCCCAAGCCUCUUCGUUGAUUACUCAAUGGCCCUCCUAUUUCUUUCUAUGGCGGUCCAACUCUGUUUCUAAUUCUUCUAUUUCCAUUUGCGCCUCCUCCAAGAGGCUCUACAGGGCUGAAUUUUGUCCUCUGAAGAAUGUUGGCAGCACUUCUCCAAAUGUGAAUAUGUUUCAUGCUUCCUUGCAGUGUCGACAAAGUUCUUUCUUGCACACCAAUUCAUUUUUUGAAACUAGACAACAUGACAAGGAGAGGGCGUUUCUGUCUGAUGUAAAUGAUUGGUCUAAGAGUACUAGGCAGCUGAAACAAGAGAAGCUCUUUAGGUUUUCAGAAACUGAGAUCCUGACGAAGAAUGACGAAGAAAAGCUAAGAAAAAAAGAAAAUCUCAUUGACUAUGGGACUUUGCAUUGUUACAACAGUCUUUCCCCCCCAUAUUCUAAGGUUCAGUCAAAUUUGGGAAGCAACUGUUCCAAUGCUUGUAAUGAUCCUAAUUGUAUAAACCCUCCAACUAAUAUGUUAUCGGAUGAAUUCAGCAGACAAGAACCUAUAAAUUUUGAACGAACUGAAAAUGUUACAGCUAUAGAUAGGAUGAUUAGUGACAGGGUACCUUUACUUGAGACUGUCAAGUUUUCACGUGGUGAAUGCAAUGGAGACACUAAUUCUUAUUCUGGGGAAUGGUCCAUGAGCAAGCCUGCAAAUAAUGUUUUGCAUAGUCAGGUUGUUCCUAUUCAAAGUAACAAAAAGUAUUCUGUUUCUCAAAAUGGAAAGGGAUUAAUUAUUCGACACGUACCAAACGUUUCACCUAAUGGCAGAAAUAGAAAUAUCUCUUUGGGAAAGGUGAAUAGUGUACGAAAAACUUCGAAAUUUACUGAAGCUGCUAAUGGAAUAAAUAAGGGUGUAGCUGUGGAAGAAUUUUCUAAAGUGAUCGUCAAUGGAAGUGUCACCAAGAUGAUGGAAGUACUUGCAACUGCUGAUAAGCCAGAUAUAAAGGAGAGGCUUAAUGGUGUAUAUGAAAGCGUUCUUGUUGUUGAUGGUGUAUCUGCAGCAAAGGAAGUUGUUUCAAUGCUUACUACCAAGUACAAGAAUCUGGUGCAUGCUUGCGAUACUGAGGUGGCCAAGAUUGAUGUGAAGCAAGAAACACCCGUUGACCAUGGUGAAAUAAUAUGCUUCAGCAUUUAUUCAGGACCGAAAGCAGAUUUUGGAAAUGGAAAGUCUUGCAUCUGGGUGGAUGUUCUUGAUGGUGGCGGUAAGGAAAUUUUGCGUCAAUUUGCACCAUUCUUCGAAGAUCCUUUGAUUAGAAAGGUCUGGCACAACUACAGCUUUGACAAUCACAUUAUUGAAAACUAUGGGAUUAAGAUUUCUGGCUUCCAUGCUGACACGAUGCACAUGGCACGGUUAUGGGAUUCAUCAAGGAGAAUGAAUGGUGGAUAUUCACUUGAAGCUCUUUCUUAUGAUACAAAGGUCAUGUCUGGGGCUAAAUUGGGCCAGGAAAAGGAGUUGAUUGGUAAAGUGUCCAUGAAAACUAUCUUUGGCCGGAAGAAGAUGAAAAAGGAUGGAUCUGAAGGCAAACUUAUAGUCAUUCCCCCUGUUGAAGAACUUCAACGAGAAGAACGGAAACCAUGGGUAUCUUAUUCUGCAUUAGAUUCAAUAUGCACGCUGAAGCUUUAUGAGAGCUUGAAAAAAACACUGUCUGACAUGCCUUGGGAGAGAGAUGGAGAAAGGAUUCCGGAUAAAACAAUGUUCAACUUUUAUGAAGAUUAUUGGAAACCAUUUGGUGAAGUUCUUGUCAGAAUGGAAACUGAGGGAAUGCUGGUUGAUAGGCCAUAUCUUGCUGAGAUAGAAAAAUUGGCCAAAGCAGAACAAGAGAUUGCUGCUAACAGAUUUCGAAACUGGGCUUCAAAGUACUGCCCUGAUGCCAGGUACAUGAAUGUUGGAAGUGAUGCACAACUGCGCCAAUUGCUCUUUGGUGGCACUUGUAACAGUAAGAACCCUGAAGAGUCUCUUCCAACUGAAAGGACAUUCAAAAUUCCAAACAGUGAAAAAGUCACUGAAGAAGGGAAGAAAACUCCCAGCAAGUUUCGGAAUAUUACUUUACGUCGCUUCAGUGAUGAGGCUCUCUCAACAGAAUUGUACACAGCAACUGGUUGGCCUUCAGUGAGUAGGGAUGCUCUGAAGAUCUUAGCAGGCAAGGUCUCUGCAGAAUUUGAUGACUUCACCGACAACUCGCAGUCUGACACUGAGGUUGUCAACGAUUUUGAGACAAUGCCUCGUGAAGAAAACAGAAGGCGUAUAAUUCAUGAAUGUGCAAAUAUGUCUGAUUAUGGAACUACUUUAACAGCAUUUAAAUUGAAGGAGGAGGGCAUGGAAGCCUGUCAUGCUAUUUCUGCUUUAUGCGAAAUCUGCUCUAUUGACUCUUUGAUAUCAAAUUUCAUCCUUCCCUUACAGGGAAGCAAUAUAUCUGGUAAGAAUGGGCGUGUCCAUUGUUCUCUAAACAUCAACACAGAAACUGGCCGCCUCUCCGCUCGGAGACCAAGUUUGCAGAAUCAACCGGCUCUGGAAAAGGACCGAUAUAAGAUCCGUCAGGCCUUUAUAGCUUCUCCUGGAAAUUCCCUCAUUGUUGCUGAUUAUGGCCAGCUGGAACUUAGGAUUCUUGCUCAUCUUGCCAAUUGUAAGAGCAUGCUGGACGCCUUUAAAGCUGGGGGAGAUUUCCAUUCAAGAACUGCAAUGAAUAUGUACCCUCAUAUUCGUAAAGCUGUUGAAGAAGGAAGCGUGCUUCUUGAGUGGGAUCCUCAACCUGGGGAAGAUAAACCUCCAGUUCCAUUGUUGAAGGAUGCCUUUGCUUCUGAAAGAAGGAAAGCUAAAAUGCUUAAUUUUUCCAUUGCAUAUGGCAAGACUCCUAUUGGCCUUUCCAAAGAUUGGAAGGUUACCGUGGAGGAAGCAAGUAAGACAGUUGACUUGUGGUAUAAUGAAAGAACAGAGGUUCGUAGAUGGCAAGAACUUCGAAGGGAAGAGGCCGAGAAGAAAUCAUGUGUUCGCACAUUGCUUGGACGAGCUCGUCAGUUUCCUUCAAUGAAGCAAGUUACUCGUGCCCAAAAAGGGCAUAUAGAAAGAGCUGCUAUUAAUACGCCUGUGCAGGGUAGUGCUGCCGAUGUUGCCAUGUGUGCCAUGUUGGAAAUAUCUAAAAAUUCACGUUUGAGGGAACUUGGAUGGAGGCUGCUUUUGCAGGUUCAUGAUGAAGUGAUCUUGGAAGGACCAACUGAGUCAGCUGAGGUUGCUAAGGCCAUUGUUGUCGAUUGCAUGUCGAAACCCUUCAAUGGAAAGAAUAUUCUUAAAGUCGACCUUGCUGUGGAUGCCAAGUGUGCACAAAACUGGUAUUCUGCCAAAUAGAUAUAUACCAAAAUGAAUUUCUAACUAAACUAACCGACAUCAACAGCCAUCUGUCGUUCGACUCUGGAUGCCUUCUGAAGGAUGUGUUUAUGCUGUGGCUGAUGUGAAAUUUUUUACCACACUUUUGCUCUUUUUGAACCGUUGUCUAUGUAACUCAAUUCCAAUUCUCCAUGUCUAUGUAAUCCAUGAAACGAACUGUCAUUUGAAUUUCUAACUUCUUAGCCAAAGGCAUGUCGUUAAGCAAAUGUUGACA